AUAGUCAUUAGUGUAGUGUUUUUAAUUUCUGAUUUAUACUUGUACUACCAUUAUAAGUAUCAUGACAUUAUAGUAUUAUAUUAUAUACUAUAUUGGGAAUGAGUAACUAACUAAUUACCUACUCAUUAGUCAGUAAUACUUGAAAAUAUUUAUUACCUAUAUCUUAUUGGCUGUUGACGUUUACUAAUGUAGGUACUUAACAAAAAAUAAUAUUUUAAAUUUGUAUACAUUAUUUAUUCAAUUAACAUGAUUGCCAUUUGACAUGCUUUAAUGUAUCAACGAGAUCACUGAAUAAAAUAUCUUCAACAUUUGGUGAUACGUUUGUAUGUUCACAUUCACAAAAUGGAUACCGAGUAUAAAGAACUGCAUAGAGAAGCCAUGUCCAACCAAACAGGCUCGACAUUAAUUGAAAUUUACACAUCUCUGUUUCCGUUGCCUAUUCAUAUAAUCGUAUUUAUUUGGAUGUCAAUCAAUACAGAUCAUAGCAAGAAACUCAACUCUCCAACAAUAUGGAUGUUUCUUUUUGAAUUUAUUACAAUGGUACUACCAACCGUGUUUAAUUUCACUUUGUUUUCAGAUUAUUCAGUUGUACAGUUCUUAAUUUACAUCAUAGUCUUUGGUAUUGCAUUUGUCUGGAUGUUGUUGAACCACAAUUAUAUAUCUUCGAGUACUAUUAAAACAAAAAAAAAUCCUUACAUUACUGUCUAUAGAUUUAUGCUCAAUACAUAUACAGUAUUUUGUAUAUUGGCAGUAGAUUUCAAUGUAUUUCCACGACGAUUCGCUAAAACAGAAACGUAUGGACACGGUGUAAUGGAUAUAGGCGUUGGUUGUUAUGUUUGUUCUAAUGCAUUAUUAUUCAAUAUUCCCAACACACGGAAUAUAAGUAAAAAUGUAUUCAAAGUAUUCAAACAAGUUUUACCAUUACUUGUGUUGGGAAUAAGUCGUACAUAUUUUGUGACAAAAGCAGAUUAUCACCAUUAUGUGUUUGAGUAUGGUGUACAUUGGAAUUUUUUCAUGACUUUAGCAUUCCUGAAAAUAAUUAAUCUAUUUGUUUUACCUUUUAUCAGUACUUGUUGUCUAUCUAUUAUUGCCACAAUUCUGGUCGUUAUUUAUGAAUUUGCAUUAAAUUUUGGACUUGCCGAAUGGAUUAUGAGUGAUGCUCCUAGAGACACACUGUUCUCAGCAAACCGUGAAGGCAUUUUAUCAUUAAUUGGCUAUGAAGCAAUAUUUUUAUAUACGUUGUCAAUGAAAUCACGGUUGUCGUUUUUUAUGAAAAAAAAUCAUUUACUAAACAGUAUUUUCCUUUUAACAGUAACAUCAACUUUAUCUAUUGCUUUAUUUUUAUUGACAUUUAUCAUAAGUUAUAUUUUUGGUGUUUCUAGAAGAUUAGCUAAUGCCGGUUAUGUUUACUGGGUAUUAUCAAUAUCUUCAUAUCUUUUGUUCAUGUCAAUUAUGAUUGAAAACUUUUUAACUGUUCUUUUACAUAAGAUAGGACGGUUAGGUGAAUUCAAUAGAAUUUCACUAAUUAUAGAUAGUGUAAAUGAUAAUUUAUUAUUUUUCUUUUUGUUUGCCAAUGUUGUAACUGGAAUUAUAAAUAUGUGUAUGUAUACUUUAGUAAUGAAUACUGUUUCUAGUAUUAUUAUUCUGUUUCUUUAUAUGUUUGUUAUUUACUUUACAAUAUAUAUUUUACAGCAAUAUAAAAAUAAAAUUUAUGUUUAAUUUUAAAAUAAUUAUUUACUGUUUAUAUCAUG